GCCGCUGCCGGAACCAUGUCCCAGCCCGAGGCGGAGCGGGCGGGCGACGGCUCCGCACCGGAGCCGGAGACGGAGCCGGGGCUUCCCGGACGGGCCCCUCAUCGCAGCCGGCGGCCCUCAGGUCGCGACUCUCGGCGCGCCUCCUCCCGUUUUAACCGGCGCAGCUCGGCCGAGCUGGAGCUUCUGGGGUACCCGGCGCCGGACGGGGUGCGCGGGGGGUCGCCGCCGCCGCCGCCGGUCGUCGCCGGGCUCCGGGAGCCGGAGGAGACGGAGAGCGAGGAGGUGGAGACGCGGGCGGUCGCCACCUCCCCCGACGGCCGGUUCCUCAAGUUCGACAUCGAGAUUGGCCGCGGCUCCUUCAAGACCGUCUACAAGGGGCUGGACACGGAGACCACCGUGGAGGUGGCUUGGUGCGAGCUGCAGACGCGGAAGCUGUCGAAGACAGAGCGGCAGCGGUUCAGCGAGGAGGUGGAGAUGCUGAAGGGGCUGCAGCAUCCCAACAUCGUUCGCUUCUACGACUCCUGGAAGUCAACCAUCAAAGGGCAGAUCUGCAUUGUGCUAGUCACAGAGCUCAUGACAUCUGGCACCCUGAAAACGUACCUGAAGCGGUUUAAGGAGAUGAAGCUGAAGGUGCUGCAGCGCUGGAGCCGGCAGAUCCUCAAGGGGCUGCAUUUCCUGCAUACCCGCUCGCCCCCCAUCAUCCACCGUGACCUCAAGUGUGACAACAUCUUCAUCACGGGCCCCACGGGUUCAGUCAAGAUUGGGGACCUGGGCCUGGCCACACUUAAGCGAGCCUCCUUUGCUAAGAGUGUCAUAGGCACCCCCGAGUUCAUGGCACCAGAGAUGUACGAGGAGAAGUACGACGAGGCCGUGGACGUCUACGCCUUCGGGAUGUGCAUGCUGGAGAUGGCCACCUCGGAGUACCCCUACUCUGAGUGCCAGAACGCUGCCCAGAUCUACCGCAAGGUCACCUCGGGCCUGAAGCCCAGCAGCUUCUACAAGGUGAAGGUGCCAGAGCUGAAGGAGAUUAUCGAAGGCUGCAUCCGCAUGGACAAGAAUGAGAGGUACACCAUCCAGGACCUGCUGGAGCACUCCUUCUUCCAGGAGGACACGGGGGUGCAUGUGGAGCUGGCUGAGGAGGAUGACGGUGUCAAGUCUGGGCUCAAGCUCUGGCUGCGGAUGGACGACACAAAGAAGCUGCACGGCAAAUACAAGGACAACAACGCCAUCGAGUUCCUCUUUGAGCUCUACAAGGAUGUAGCAGAGGAAGUGGCCCAGGAGAUGGUGGUCCUGGGCUUCAUCUGUGAGGCCGAUUACAAACUGGUGGCCAAGGCAGUGCGGGAUCGAGUGGUCGCCAUCAAGCGCAAGCGGGAGAAGCUGAAGCGUGCCCAGGAUGCGCCGUCACCUGCGGAGCCGGAGGAGGAGCUCAAGUCCCCACGGCCACCUGGUGCCCCCGCGCCUGCCCCAGCCAUCCCUGGCUCCAGGGACUCCGUCUUCAGCAGCACCUUCCCCCUGGAGCCUGAGGAGCCCGAGGCCGACCAGCACCAGCACUUUGCCUACCGGCACACCAGCUACUCCUCGGCCACCUCCGACUGUGAGACAGAUGGAUACCUGAGCUCCUCCGGCUUCCUGGACUCCCCAGACCUGGCCCACCGCCGUUUUGUGGCUGGGGACCCUGCCAGCCCUCCUCCCACCCGGCCCGUGCGCUGCUUCCCCACGAGCAUCGCGGUGCAGCUGCCCACAGAGCGCUUGCCCCCUGCCAGCGGCUUCUCCUCCCCGGUGGACAGCUACACCUCGGAUGUGGCGUCGGGCAUGAGCGAUGGCUGCGAGGGGCUCUCAGCCAGCGAGCAGAGCGCCAAGCUGCCGCCCAAGCGAGCCUCGGGGAAGCUGCUGCGGCGCCGAGCCCGGUCCAGGCUGCGCAUAACCAACAUCUCCGACAAGAGCGACCGGGUGGUAGAGUGCCAGCUUCAGACCUACAACAACAAAAUGGUGACCUUCAAGUUUGACCUGGAUGGGGACAACCCGGAGGAAAUCGCAGCUGUCAUGGUCCACAAUGAGUUCAUUCUCAAGUCAGAGCGGGAUGGCUUCAUCAGCCGCAUCCGGGACAUCAUCCACCGCGUGGAGACCCUGCUGCGCAAGGACGGGCGCAGCGGCGCCGAGCUGCCCAGGAGCCCCGAGGCUGAGGGUGGCGUGGGCAGCCCCGUGGACCUGCAGCUGCAGGGGCUCUCGCGCUCCAUCUCCUCAUCCUCGCUCAGUGACCUGAGCUGUGCCAGUCCCAGACUCUCUGAGCAGUCUCCUGUCCUGCCGUCGCUGAGCCGCUCCCCAUCAGAGACCGACCUGGCUGGUCCCGCAGAGGCUCUGGCAGCCCCAGCGCUGCUGGAGGCCCCCACAGGCUCCGUGCAGACCUGGCCCCUCUUCUCGAUGGCUCCCUCCUGGCUCCCGUCGUCACCGUUGUUCCCACAGACCCCCACAAGGACCCCAGAAGGGCCUGUCCCUCCGGCCCUGCCCCAAGCCCUUGUGUCCCCACAGCCUCUCCCUACGUCCCCUGUCCCCUCUGAGCUCAGCAGCCCCCUGAGCCCCCCUGUGACCAGCACACCCUGGUCCCCCACCACCCCCCUCCUGUCCCUGGCCAACGUCUUCUCCUUGGCAGUGAUGAGCGUGGCCCAAACACUGCUGCCCACUGUCUCCCCCAUUGCCAGCUCGGGUGGGCACCUCUACCCCCCACUGAUGCCACGGCCACAGAGUCUUGCCCUGGGGGCCCCGCGCUUUGUCUACCCCGACCCCACCAGCACAGUCAAGCCAGUCCUGGCUGGCAGUGGGAUCCAGGAGUCACCAGGGGCUGAUGUCUCCACUGCCGGGGGGCCCAUAUCCUUCCCAUCCCCAGCCCCAUCCCCAGUGUGCCCCACAGACAGCGAGGUCACGAGUAGUCCCCCGCCACCGCUGAGCUCAUCCACGCCAGGGAGCCCAGAGGGCAGCACGGUGCCGCCCGGUGUCCCCAAGCCCAGCCAUUCACUCAUCGUGUCGGAGUCGCCGGCCCCUGCCGAGACCAUGGCCCGGCUCUCACCCAUCAAGGAAGAAGCCAAGCCCCAGAUGCUAGGCCGGUUCCAGGUGAUACCAGCCAAGGACUUGGCUGCGCCCUCCCCCGUGCCAGACAGGAGCAGCAGUGAGGGGGAGCAGCAAGUGGGGCCAGCAGCGAGUGCCUCCCCACCUCCCAUGGCCCCCGACACGGGCCACAGCUCAAGCAAUGACUCGGAUGCGGUGCUGGAGGUAGCACAGCAGGAAGCCAAGGCUGAGGAGGCACCGGCCAAGGAGGGCACGGUGCCAGUGGCGCCGCUGGAGAGCGACCAGGAAGGCCCUGGGGAGGAGGGCACAGACAGCACCCCCCAGGCCGUGCUGAGCCAGGUGUGGCUGAGCUACCCCCGCAGCCUGACCUACAUGAGCAGCGAUGACACUGAGAGCGAGGACGAGGAGAUCUGGGAGGAGCUGCAGAACCUGCGCCAGAAGCACCUGGCCGAGGUGCAGCUGCUGCAGAGCGCCCAGAAGAAGGAGAUCGAGGAGCUGUACCUGCGGAUGGGGAAGCAGCCGCCGCUGGGCAUCGUCUCCCCCGCCGCGAUGCUGUCCAGCCGCCAGCGCCGCCUCUCCAAGGGCAGCUUCAACCCCUCCCGCCGCAACAGCCUGCAGCGCCUGGAGCUGGCACAGCCCGCAGGCAUCAUGCGCCGUAACUCGCUGAGCGGCAGCAGCACCGGCUCGCAGGAGCAGCGGCUCAGCAAGGGCGUGACCUUCGCCGACGACCUCGGCCGCGUGUAGCCAGCUGGCCAGCAGUGACUUCAAGAACUACCUCAUCCAAGUGCCUGAGGCCCUGGGGCAGAGCUCCUGCAGCCCCUGGACAUCAGUGCCAGCCCCAGGCAACUCGGACCUGUGGUGGGCACCCUGUGGGCUCUACAGGGGCAGCGCAGCUGGCUGGGGGCAAGUCUGUCCCACCUCCAACCCUGUGCCCUCCCCGCUGUCCCCAGCCCCUUUGCUGGAGGAUGUGUGCCAGAUGUCCCCACCUCUUGUGGCUUUACUGAGCUGAGCCCACCCUGGAGCCCCUGCUCGGCCCAGCCCUGCAUCAUGCCAAUCUCCAUCCCC